GAGAUCUAUGACGCAAAUCGCCAAAACCCGCAGACGCGUAAAGUUCAAACAGCCUUUAAUUGGACACGAGUAAGAUGACCAGUUUGGACGAUCUAUUUAACCAGAUUAUUCAUUCGGAGCUGCAUGCACAGCAGAAGAAAAAAUAUCUCCACGAUUUAAAGUGCAGAAUUCAGUCAACAUUAGCUAGAAAAGACAGAUUACAGAAAAAACAUAUUGAGUUGAAGAGGGAAUUAAUUUUAAAGACUAACUUGUUAAUACAAGAGGAGGUGAAUUUGAAAUGUGAAGAAAACAAAGAAAAAAUCCUACAGGAAGAAAAGACUUCGCUGGAGGGGAAAAAACAACGUGUCCAAAAAGACCUGACAGACCUACAGUUCAGAAAGCUAGAGAUGGUAGAGAGAUUUUGUGUUGGAGUGAGGGGCUUUACCUGGGACUAUGGGCUUCAGAGUGGCGGCCAACAAAGGAGGCAAGAGGAACUGAGAAAGGCCGUGGAAGAAGUCAAACAGACUGAACAGGACCUCAGAAAAGAGGUUGACGAUAUUAAUAAGAGGCGCGAGAUGUUGGCUGAGAUGGACGUACAACGUGGAAAAGAACAACAAACCCUGCACAGUCUGCAGAAAAACAAUGAAGAGCUUGAUCAGGAAUUGAGAAAAGUCACAGAUGCAACAGAGGCCCUGAUUUCCAGGAAAUCGGAGUUAAACACAGUACCUCAUAAUGAUCCAGAAUUUCUAAGUUUGAGCAAAGAGCUGGAAGCUGUGAAUGGAGAACAUUUAGAGGAAAAAUGUGUGGCACUUCAGCAGGAAUUACAGCGGCUACAGCAAAUUCUGUGGCAGAAACAGCUCAAAGAACGAAAACGACCGGUAGCUCCACCUGUACAGGUCAAGGAAAAGAGGAUGAGAUCUGAAGAGCUCUCUACCAACAGGAUGACUGUGUCUAAUUUCAACUCUGGAGAGAGUACUCGCAGCCAACAGGAUGACUGUGUCUAAUUUCAACUCUGGAGAGAGUAUUGGCAACAGGAUGAUACAGGGCGACAACUGAGUGAUACAGGGCGAUAACUGAGUGAUGCAGGGUGACAACUGAGUGAUACAAGGCGACUCCGAGUAAAGAAGGGUGGAUUAGACUACUAAUUUGAAAUAAAUCAACGACUAGUAAUUUCAGGCAUGGUAUAAAUAAUAAAACAAAAUAAGUCCAGUGUAAAUCAUCAAAAUUACCAUUUCCUUUGUGCAAGACAAUUCUUCAAAAAAUAUGUGAAACUAAGCAUAACAUAAUUGAGAAUGCAUUACUACAAGUUUGUUAAAUUUAGUAUUAAAUUAAUGAAUAAAAGUGGAAUAUACAGUCCAUUAAUUUACUCAAAUA